UCUAGGUUGCUCGCGCUCACUCACUCUGGCUGGGAGUUUUUCGCGUUCAUGUUUUCACAGGAGUACUUGUAGUCUUCAUACGAACGGGAGGACUAUCCUGGGGGGAAAAAGAUCGCGCGUGGAUUGUUUUAGGCUUCUGUAGAGGGAGAUUUGGAGAAAACUGCCUUCGGUGGUAGAAUUUUUACUUAGAUAGUGUUCUAAAGUUGUCACCAUGCCGGUUUUUCACACGAAGACGAUAGAAAGUAUCCUGGAGCCGGUGGCUCAGCAGAUAUCCCAUCUGGUGAUAAUGCACGAAGAAGGUGAAGUUGAUGGGAAAGGUAUCCCAGAUCUGACGGCGCCCGUAGCUGCUGUUCAGGCAGCCGUUAGUAACCUUGUUCGGGUGGGAAAGGAGACUGUACAAACCACAGAAGACCAGCUCAUGAAAAGGGACAUGCCACCAGCUUUUAUCAAAGUGGAGAAUGCGUGCACCAAACUGGUACAGGCUGCAUCCAUGCUGAAAGCUGAUCCAUACUCUGUUCCUGCUCGGGAUUACCUGAUCGAUGGCUCUCGGGGCAUCCUGUCUGGGACCUCUGACCUGCUCCUCACCUUUGAUGAGGCUGAGGUUCGCAAAAUAAUCCGUGUGUGCCGAGGCAUCCUGGAGUAUUUGGCUGUGGCAGAGGUGGUGGAGUCUAUGGAGGACCUGAUCACAUAUACAAAGAACCUGGGACCAGGUAUGACGAAGAUGGCAAAGAUGAUAGAUGAGCGGCAGCAGGAGCUCACGCAUCAGGAGCAUCGCGUGAUGCUCGUCAACUCUAUGAACACUGUCAAAGAGCUGCUGCCCAUCCUCAUUUCAGGCAUCAAAAUUUAUGUGACAACCAAGACCUCUGGAAGCCACGGAGUGGAGGAGGCCUUGAAGAAUCGUAACUUCACUUUUGAGAAGAUGAGUGCCGAGAUAAACGAGAUUAUCCGAGUGCUGCAGCUGACUUCCUGGGACGAGGAUGCUUGGGCAAACAAGGACACAGAGGCUAUGAAGAGGGCUCUUGGGCUAAUCGAUUCAAAGAUGGGUCAGGCUAAGAACUGGCUGAGGGAUCCAAAUGCUCAACCAGGGGACGCAGGUGAGCAGGCCAUCCGGCAGAUCCUUGAUGAGGCUGGAAAAGUUGGUGAACUUUGUGCAGGGAAGGAGCGCAGAGAUAUAGUUGGCACAGCGAAGACACUGAGUCAGAUGACAGACCAGGUGUCUGAGAUGAGAGCCAGAGGUCAUGGAGCAUCCCCUGUUGCCAUGCAAAAGGCACAGCAGGUUUCCCAAGGUCUCGACGUGCUCACGGGUAAGGUGGAAAAUGCUGCACGGAAACUGGAGGCCAUGACCAACUCCAAGCAGGCCAUCGCCAAAAGGAUUGAUGCUGCGCAGAAUUGGCUUGCAGACCCUAACAGUGGAACAGAGGGAGAGGAGAAUGUCAAGGCGGUGCUCAUGGAGGCCAGAAAGAUUGCUGACAUGUGCGAAGACCCCAAAGAAAGAGAUGACAUCAUGCGCUCUGUUGGAGAGAUCGCUGCCAUGACUGCCAAGCUGUCGGAUCUCAGAAGACAGGGCAAAGGUGACACGCCUGAAGCCAGAGCUUUGGCUAAACAAAUCGCAACAGCUCUGCAGAACCUGCAGUCCAAAACCAACAAGGCUGUGGCCAACAGCAGGCCUGCAAAGGCAGCUGUUCACUUGGAAGGAAAAAUCGAGCAGGCACAGCGAUGGAUUGACAAUCCCACCGUGGAUGACAGCGGUGUGGGCCAGGCAGCCAUACGUGGCCUAGUUGCAGAGGGCCACAGGCUGGCCAAUGCCCUGCCGGGCCCAUACAGGCAGGAGCUGCUAGGCAAGUGUGAGCAGGUAGAGCAGCUCAUGGCCCAGCUCGCUGACCUGGCUGCCCGCGGUGAAGGGGACUCCCCUCAGGCACGUGCUGUGGCUCAACAGCUCCAAGCAGCCCUGAAGGAUCUGAAAGGAAAGAUGCAAGAGGCGAUGACUCAGGAGGUGUCUGACAUCUUCAGUGACACAACUACCCCCAUCAAGUUACUGGCAGUGGCCGCUACCGCCCCGCUCGACGCCCCCAACAGAGAUGAGGUCUUUGACGAAAGAGCUGCCAACUUUGAGAAUCACGCCAAUAAGCUUGGCACCACAGCAGAGAAGGCUGCUGCUGUUGGCACUGCUAACAAGAGCACGGUGGAGGGAAUCCAGGCUGCCGUCAAGUCGACAAGAGACUUAACACCACAAGUGGUAUCUGCUGCGCGCAUUUUGCUGAGAAACCCCGGCAACCAAGCAGCAUAUGAACAUUUUGAAACCAUGAAGAACCAGUGGAUUGACAAUGUAGAAAAAAUGACAGGUUUGGUGGACGAGGCCAUCGACACCAAAUCUCUGCUCGAUGCUUCAGAGGACGCCAUAAAGAAGGACCUGGAUAAGUGCCGUGUGGCGAUGACCAAUCACCAGCCUCAGAUGUUGGUCGCAGGUGCUACCAGUAUCGCCCGCAGAGCUAACCGCAUCCUCCUGGUAGCUAAACGAGAGGUAGAAAAUUCUGAGGAUCCUAAAUUCAGGGAGGUGGUGAAGGCUGCAUCUGAUGAACUGAGCCAGACGAUCUCUCCUAUGGUGAUGAAUGCUAAGGCUGUGGCUGGAAAUAUCCAAGAUCCAAGUCUUCAGAAGGGCUUUUUGGACUCAGGUUAUAAGAUUCUUGGUGCUGUGGCAAAAGUCAGGGAGGCUUUCCAGCCUCAAGAACCAGACUUCCCUCCACCUCCUCCUGAACUGGAUCAGCUUAAUCUUAACGAUGAGGCAGCACCUCCCAAGCCUCCUCUCCCAGAGGGUGAGGUUCCUCCCCCAAGGCCUCCUCCCCCAGAGGAGAAAGAUGAGGAGUUCCCUGAGCAGAAGGCUGGUGACAUGGUUAAUGAGCCCAUGAUGGUGGCUGCGAGGCAGCUUCACGAUGAAGCCCGCAAAUGGUCCAGCAAAGGAAAUGACAUCAUUGGCGCUGCCAAACGAAUGGCCCUUCUCAUGGCGGAGAUGUCACGUCUGGUGCGUGGAGGCAGCGGAAACAAGCGUGCACUCAUCCAGUGCGCCAAAGACAUCGCUAAGGCUUCUGAUGAGGUCACACGGCUGGCUAAGGAGGUGGCCAAGCAGUGCACUGACAAACGUAUCCGGACCAACCUGCUGCAGGUGUGCGAGCGCAUUCCCACCAUCAGCACUCAGCUCAAAAUCCUGUCGACAGUCAAGGCCACCAUGUUGGGUCGUACCAACAUCAGCGAAGAGGAGUCAGAGCAGGCUACUGAGAUGUUGGUCCACAAUGCUCAGAACCUGAUGCAGUCUGUGAAGGAGACUGUCAGAGAGGCUGAGGCAGCUUCCAUCAAGAUCCGGACAGAUGCAGGUUUCACCCUCCACUGGGUCAGGAAGACCCCCUGGUACCAGUAAGAGAAGAGAAGGGCCAUCGUUCAUGCCGGUCCAGGAGGACUUUGAAUGGACAGAUAUAUACUUUACCAGAGCUAUGAUAUCAGUGCCCCACAUCCUAAUAUUGGAAGAGUUUCUCUUGGUCCCACGUCCUGUCUGUAACAGUUGCUGUUCUGAUAUAAUGUAAACGGUGGGACUUUUCAAUGCGAGUUAUGGCUUAUAAUUUUACUGGGAACAGCUUUUUUUUUCUAAAGUGUGUAAAAAUGUGUUUUUAGUUUGAGAAAUCCCAGGAAUAUAUAUAUUUUGAUCAGAGGUUAGAUUUCCUAUAAUGUGAGGUUAAUUGUUUCUGGCCUCUUCUAGCAAACCACAGUAAAUUAAAUUGAAAUAUAACAUUAUCUCUAGACAUUUUUCUAUCUUUGUACUGAUAAUUUUAUUGUCGUUAUCAUCCAUUCGUUCUUGCUAGGAUAAGCACAUGAACCUGGGGAGUUGUUACAAGUACAUUAUACACCUGCGCUGAGUGCAUGCAAGAUCUGUUCAGCAGUAUUUUGUCUGUUUACACUAUUCUGUAUUAUGACAACUGAAAGAGAAACACUGUUUUACUUAUGCCGUUGUAGCAGUCUGUAUUUUCUUUUGCCAAAGACAUCCUGCAACAAUUUCAAGUCUUUCUUUGGUCAGCAAUACUUAUUUGACUUUAAGGGAUAGUUUUAAGAUGAACCUGAUUGAAAGGAAAAAAACUAAUUUUAAGAGCCGGCAGAGCUUUUAGGCCUGCAUUUGACUCAUUCAGCUCUUUUUGUUUAACACGCUGCAUUGAGAUUACAUGCAAUAAACAGGCUUAUGCUACACUAUGCGGCUUAAUAGCCAAAAAGUUAUUACUCUAAUCUUCCCAGCAAAGCUUUGCCUUCUUUAGAGAAAGUCAUCCAGCCUGUUGUUUUCUUUGUUGUUUUUCACUCAACAUUCUUGUACGUCUCAUAUCUUUGUGCACAAUCAUUUUUGUAAUAUAUGAAUAGCACAUUUCUUAGGUAGUCAAGGGAAAGACCGCGGCUUAGAGAUAAAAGCACAGUGUCUGCAGCUGGUGAAAUCUUCUUUUUAUAUUCUCACGUCUGUCUAAACAUGUCCUGAUACACUAAAAUUAAAUGGCCACUUCUUGGGGCUACUGUAGUCGAUACUUUAAAAUAUUUGAAGACUGUUGGUGUGAAUGUCUCAUUUUAAGUACCUAAUGCCAACUGAUGUGCCUUGGGAAAUAAACUUUAUUUGCAAUUGAUACAAUUUUCAUUUUAAGAUGUUUUGUAUCAUUUUGUACCAGGUGUCAUUGUGUUGAUUUCCUUGAAACACUUGCUGUACAUGAUUCUUCUUUAAAAUGUUCCCGGUUUAUGACUUACUUUUAGUCACGUUAUGCUCUAUGCAAAACCUCGCAGAUCUUCAAAUUAUGCAAUGUAGCUGGGGUUAAAUGGGCCUGAAUGUGGAUUUGCUUAGGCUUUGUUCACAAUUUUGUAAUAAAGCAUUUUAUAGCACUUGGA